AUUGCAGUCGCGGUCUCUCUCCGACUCUCUCUGGCGAAAUUUGCCAUUGAACGAGAAUGCGAAAAUGAUAUUUGCGAUCGAUCUCGAAGUGACGAUCCUGUGAUCCUCUGAUGCCCUCUAGGCUUUCGAUUGCUUAUAAAUGAUGGCCAUAGUUGCAGCCACAAAAUCUUUCUUCAUACAGAGUAUGUUUUUCAUAGGUCGUAGCAAAGGACCUUUCACGUUGGGGGCAAGGAAAUGAGUCAUGGCCCUUGGCUCUUAGUAGAGAAUCUGGUUAUCCCGCCUGGCAGCAUUUUCUUGAAACUUCACCGACAAGUCUCAUUAAUCAUUCAUAUCAGUGGCUGCCAUGACAGGUGGGACUCUCCAUGACCUUGCCAUGCUUUGAAUCCGCCGUGGGGCAUAGUGCUGUCUGCUGUGUAUGACUGUAUGGCACAUCUAUGAUGGUAGAAUUCAAGUGGUGUUAAAAGGCUCCCCCACGUCGGUCACUUUUGGGGACUACAAAUUAACAUCCCAUCCCUCACUUAUCCCUCAUGUUCAGCCUCCUCUUCCUUCCUCUCCCUCCUCCUCCACAACCACCACUACCAGAAACUGUGCACAUAGCCACAUACAAAGCAAGAACAUCUUCAUUGUGAGUCCUCUGUUUCUACUCUGUUUUUCCUCUGUAUCUAUGGCCACAAUUGUAUGUCAAGGUUUACAGUCAUGCCUUGAGUCUCAGCUUGUAGAGUCAAGAACAUUGAGACUAAAACUAUCUUCACCAAAAACCCACUUUCCUCAACCUAUUGAAUUGGCCUUAAAACCCUUUUUCAUAGACUACAACACCAAAGAAGUUGGACAGAAAUGUCAAGCGUCAAGUCCUGACUAUGGUGGAUGGAACUUCAUUCAACCUCUCUCUGAUACCUCCAAAAGCUCAAACGAAGAACCAGAGGUAGAGAAACCAUAUUCCCCUCCUCAGAUUAAGCGCACACUUUGCGAUAAGAGCUUGGAAUUGUGUACUGAAAAUUUAGGCAGUGAGACUGGCAGUGAAGACUGCAUUUUCUCAAUGUCUUCAUCAGACUCAAAAGCUGGAUAUUCUCCUACAAGGGAGCAAAAAAAACCUCGUCAAGUUAGGAGUUCUAGGAAAGGAAAUUCUCAGAGCUUUCCACCUCCCUUGACAACGAUGAGCGGUUCAGAAUCUAUCCAACUUAGACCCCGCAGAGAAGAUGGACGGCUGAUAAUCGAAGCCAUCAAGUCCCCUUCAACAUACAAUUAUUUUCAGGUCGACAGAAGCCAUGGCCGCCUUAGACUAACCUUAUUCAAAGACUCUUCUCGUUCUUCUUCUAGUUUUGACUUCUUGAAUGAUGCAGACAAUGAAGAAAUUGAAGAAGAGUUUGAAAAUGACAAGAAUAAUGAAUUAGUAGCAGAGGAGGGUGGUGUUGAGGAGGAAAAGGAGGAGAUGGAUGGAAAUAGAAUCAAUGUUGGUGAUGAAAUGGGAAGUGAAAAGAUUAAUCAAAGGCCAAGUAGGUGCAAAGAAGGUGAAGAAGAGAAGAAGAAUGGAUUGUUAAAUUGGGAGCCCCCUUGUUGGGUGGCCACAUCUUAAAGUUCUGUUUUGGAUCUCUCUUAAUUUUUAGUUUGUCCUUGUUCUUUUUUUAGCCCUAGUCAAGUACCAUCUUUUGUUCUCUCUCUCAGUCUCUCUUGUGAGUUCCCAUGCUCUGGGAAAA